AUGAAGGGCCUGAGCCGCCUGCUCCGCGCCGGGGAGGACGCCGCGCAGGGAGCCGUGGCCGUGAGCCACGAGAGCCUACUGCCAGAUGAGAGAGAAUUUCAACAUGCUGCUAAAAUGAACAAUUUGGAUACCAUGGAAAAGCUGUUUAAAAAGAAUGUUAACAUAAAUGCUGUAGAUACUCUGAAGCGCACAGCAUUCCAUUUUGCCGUUGCGGGAGGCCAUGUGUCGGUGGUGGAUUUUCUUCUUCAUCACAAAGCUAGACUUGACAUGGCAGAUCAGCAUGGCCUGACAGUGAUUCAUCUUGCAGCCUGGACUGGAAAUCUGGAUAUAAUACGAAAACUAGUUAAAGCAGGUGCUGAUCAAAAAGCUAAAAAUGAGGAAGGAAUGAACGUACUGCAUUUUGCAGCUCAGAGCAACAGCAUUAAAAUAGUUGAUUAUUUCCUCCAAGAUCUUCAUCUGAAUGACUUGAACAAACCUGAUGGGAAAGGUAAAAAGCCAUUUCUUCUGGCCUCUGAAAAAGGCCAUGUUGACAUGAUAAAAACUUUUAUUGCUCUGAAGCUAUUUACAUCUGAAAAAGAUGAGGAGGGAAACACAGCAUUGCAUUUAGCAGCCAAAAAUGGUCACAGUGAAGUUGUGGAAAUUCUGCUUGAACAAUGGGAGGAAAUAAAUGACUUCAAUCAGAAUGGAGAAACUCCAUUUUACUUGGCUGUUGAAGGAGGUCAUGAAAAAUGUGCUGAACUCUUACUGGAGGCAGGGAGUGAGAUCAAUGUUUCAACUCAAGUAUGUACACAAGAAAACAAUAGCAGUGCUUUGCAGGUUGCAAUUCAAAAUGGACAUCUAUCCUUGGUUACUUUUCUUAUUGAUAAGAAUAUUGACCUGGUUCCUAAACCUGAGCAGAAGAAUUCCCCUCUCCAUUUAGCAGUUCUCAGUAAUAACCUACUGGUAGUAAAAAGCCUUUUGGAUGCCAAUCACGAGAUAAACUCCUUAAAUCACAGGCAGGAAACCCCUCUACAUCUGGCAGCUGAUCUUGGCAAUGUGGAGUUGGUGGAAGUGCUGCUGAAGUCAGGCUGCAAUCUCAAGACCAUGGAUAAGCAUGGGAAAAAUGCACUAGCCACAGCAUCAAGGAGCCAUCAUGCCCUCAUUGUAGAUAUGAUCAUUAAAGCAGAAAGGUAUUUUGCCAUGAAACAGACACAUCUAGCUCAUGGUGGUAAUGGGUCAGACUUCAAUGUGUCCUUCAAACAAGAUCACAGCACACAGACCAAGCAAAUCCGUUCCUCCCUUUGGAAUCUAGCAUACAACCAGUUAAAACCCUACGAGUGGAGAAAACUGGCUUUGUUCUGGAAGUUCACAGAUGAACAAAUUAAAGCUAUUGAAGAACAGUGGACAGGGAAAAAAAGUUACAAGGAGCACGGGAAUAGGAUGUUGCUCAUCUGGUUACAUGGUACAUUGCUGGCUCAUCAGAAUCCUGUUAAACAUCUAUAUGAAGAUCUGGUGGAAGCAGGACUUCAGCCUUUAGCUGAGAAGAUCAGAGCUUCAAUUAGCAUUGGCAUGGACUCCAGGAAAUGUGUCAUUUCAUGA